AAGGAAAAGAAAAUGGCAACAGCAAGAGAAAGAGAAAGAGAUCGAGAGCUUCUGAUUCCAGUUUCAGGAGUAGCAUUACAAGAUGAUGAUGACGGUAGUGGUGGAUCAAAAUCAUCAUCUCCUGUUUCUUUAUCUCACCAUCAUUCAGGAAGAGAGGCAUUUUCUAAAGUUAUCAGGAGCUGGGCAUCAAAAAAGUUCAUGGCAGGAUGUGUUAUUCUUCUGCCAAUAGCCAUCACAGUCUACAUAACAUGGGGGGUCAUCCGUUUUAUUGACGGGUUUUUUUCACCAGUUUAUUCGCAUUUAGGGAUCAAUAUCUUCGGCCUUGGAUUUGUCACAUCUAUCACAUUCAUCUUCUUAGUUGGUGUGUUCAUGUCGUCAUGGUGGGGAGCUUCUGUUCUUGGUCUAGGGGAAUUGUUUAUCAAGAAGAUGCCGCUAGUAAGCUAUAUUUACUCGGCGUCAAAGCAAAUAAGCGCUGCAAUAUCACCAGAGCAAAAUUCUCAGGCAUUUAAGGAAGUAGCUAUCAUACAACAUCCACGUGUUGGAGAGUACGCAUUUGGAUUCAUAACAUCGUCUGUGAUUCUUCGGAGAGGUGUAGGAGAAGAGGAGCUUUGUUGUGUCUAUGUACCCUCCAACCAUCUCUACGUUGGGGAUAUUUUCCUCAUCAGUUCUAAGGAUAUUAUGAGACCCAACUUAUCUGUUCGAGAAGGGAUAGAAAUUGUCAUUUCCCUGGGAAUGUCUGUACCUCCAAUAUUAACAGCAGUGGAUGCGCAAGCUGCUGUUCCGGCCACAAGAGUUGUUGGCAGAAGCCCAAAAUUUGCUAUUCCACCGGUAUAAGUUGAGGACGAUUUCUAUCUGUCAAUUGAUUCAAUGUCACACCAAGAUGCGACGAAGUUUCUCGGAGCCAAACACUGGGAGGGAGCGAUUAGAUGAAAAUGCACGCACUUGGAGAUGCAAAAAUCUAUACCAUCACGCUCCGCUUCUUAUCCUUGUUCUAGUAGUGAAAAGUGUGCUCCACUCAAAAAAAAUUUUGUGAUAGAAACGCUACCCUCAAAUAAGUAGAUGUUGUUUAAGAAAAUUGUAUCCACGUUUUGGAUACAAAUCUGCUUCUCCAAAAA